CAAACUUCGCUCGGUUCGGUUGGGAGAACGGACGACGAAAAAAAUAAGUCGCAACUAAAAACACAACACUUGGUUUCCUUCGUCUGCUUUCAGCGCGCGCAAAUAAGGAAAAGCGAGCGUCUUUGUUUCGUGUUUUGUUUUUUCUAACCGAGUGUACGUUCUGCGGUCGCUUGUGUGCGUGUGCGUACGCACUGAAACUACGAUUAAAAGGCAAGAAAAUCAAAACAAUUGUCGCUGAAGUGAAACCACAAGUGAAUAAAAGAAAAACAGUUGCAAAAAUAUUAACGGCAACAAGCAAAACAGAUAAUUACUGACGAAAAAUAUGAGUGAAGAGUAAAGCAAUCUGGUAUUUACCGUUGCCUUUCGCCAUCUCUCCACCAAGCCGUCUCCUUCUUCUUCGGGAGGAGACUUUCCGGCCUACCCAUGAAAUGCAAAAGCUGGUCAAAUAAAUUCAACAACUUUGUUGUGCGCAGACUAAAAUCCAUCAAGAUUAACAGUACACAGCAGCAGCAGCUCCUUCAAUCUCCCAGCGGCGCCAGUAGCAUUGCAGCGGCCGCUGUUGUCUCAGUUUCUGUUGCAGCAGCCUCGAGCAGCAGCAGCAGCACCGCUACCAGCACAGACUGCCCUGAUAGCGGCAGCAGCAGCAGCAAUAAUACCUGUUACAACACCAUUGAGCUGCAGCAACAACAGUUCAACAUUGCUGCCUCGACAGCAACUCCGGCGACAGCGGCAACAAUGCCGGCUAUGGCCAAGGAGAAAGCCUCAGCUCCAGUGUCCUUGAACGAGUCCAAUUUGCGGGAUAUCAAGGAUAUAAAGGAUUUAGUUAUGGCUUCUACGGCUGCGGCGACUGCUCGCUUGCAUGACCCGCAGCAGCAACGACAGCACACCUGCGGCUGUGGAACAGUUUCGGUCCCCACCGAAAAUAACAAUAACAGUCGCUACGGCAGCAGCAACAAGUAUCUGACAAAUGGCCACACUUCGCCUUUGGCGGCGGCAGUUGCUAGCAACAGUUCGUCGGUGGCCACGACGCCGCAGUGCAGCAAGCUGUGCUGUCUACAGCAGUACCAGUAUGGUAUGAACACACUGUUGACCAUGCAGAAGGCCUUUAAGCAGCAGGUGAAGCAGUUUAAUGAGCAACUUAAUCAGCAGCAGCAACAACAGCAGCAGCAGCAGCAACAACAACAACAGGAACAACAACAGGAACAACAACAACAACAACAGCAGCAGCAGCAGCAGCAGCAGCAAAAGUCUGUAAAUCCUGCCCCAAGAAGGUCACCAAACGAUUUCAUCUUUGGACGUUACAUCGGCGAAGGCAGCUUUAGCAUAGUUUACCUGGCAGUGGACAUUCAUUCACGCCGAGAGUAUGCAAUUAAAGUUUGCGAAAAGCGGCUAAUCCUCCGCGAAUGUAAGCAGGACUACAUUAAGCGGGAGCGUGAGGUGAUGCACAUGAUGACCAAUGUGCCUGGAUUUGUCGACCUGUCCUGUACGUUCCAGGAUCAGCGCUCCCUCUACUUUGUGAUGACCUACGCCCGUAAGGGUGACCUGCUACCCUACAUCAAUCGCGUUGGUAGCUUUGAUGUUGCCUGUACUCAACACUAUGCGGCGGAGCUGCUACUGGCCUGCGAGCAGAUGCAUCGCCGCAAUGUCGUGCAUCGCGACCUCAAGCCCGAGAACAUCCUGCUGGACGAGGACAUGCACACUUUGAUCGCUGACUUUGGCUCUGCCAAGGUAAUGACGCACGACGAACGCCUGCUGGCCGCCGAGCAUUGCUCGGACCAGCGGCGCAGUCAGUCGGACGAGGAUGACGAGGAGGACAGCGAUCGGCUGGACAAUGAGGAUGAUGAGUACUAUGACCGGUACUCGGAAGGGCUGGACGAAGGCGAUGUGGAUGUUCGUCAGCAGCAGCAGGCACACAACCAGGACGAGAUGGACUCGCCGUGUCUGCGCCAGAGGCGUUACAAUCGUAGACGCAAGAACAGCUUCGUCGGCACCGCCCAGUACGUUUCACCGGAGGUGCUUCAAAAUGGACCCAUCACACCGGCAGCUGACCUUUGGGCCCUGGGCUGCAUUGUUUACCAGAUGAUCUCUGGUUUGCCGCCAUUCCGCGGAAGCAACGACUACGUCAUUUUUAAGGAAAUCCUCGACUGUGCGGUAGACUUUCCGCAGGGCUUCGAUAAGGACGCCGAGGAUCUGGUGCGUAAGCUCCUGCAGAUUGAUCCGCGUAAUCGCUUGGGAGCCCAGGACGAGUUCGGCUACUACGAGAGUAUUCGCGCUCAUCCCUUCUUCGCUGGCAUUGACUGGGAUACGGUGCGCCAAAAGACCCCUCCACCCAUUUAUCCUUACUUGCCGGGCGUCAGUCAGGACGAGGACUUUCGCUCCAGCUACUACAGUGUGCCCGGUGACUUGGAGCCUGGUCUGGAUGAACGUCAAAUCUCGCGACUGCUCAGCGCCGAACUGGGCGUGGGCAGCAGCGUUGCAAUGCCCGCUAAACGUUCGACAGCAAAGAAUUCCUUUGACCUGAGCGAUAGCGACAAGCUUCAGCGACUGGAGCAGCAAAAGACUGACAAGUGGCAUGUGUUUGCUGACGGAGAGGUUAUCCUGAAGAAGGGCUUCGUAAACAAGCGCAAGGGUCUGUUUGCCCGGAAGCGUAUGCUCCUGCUGACCACCGGACCCCGGCUCAUCUACAUUGAUCCCGUGCAGAUGAUCAAAAAGGGCGAGAUCCCCUGGAGUCCCGAGCUAAGGGCCGAGUACAAGAACUUUAAGAUUUUCUUUGUUCACACACCAAAUCGCACCUACUACCUGGACGAUCCCGAGGGCUUUGCCAUUCACUGGUCAGAGGCCAUUGAAAAUAUGCGCAAGCUGACCUACGGCGAUCCCAACACCAACUCCUCUAUCUCAGCACCAUCCUGCUCAAACGGCAGCAGCAAUAGUUUGGCUGUCGCCAACUCGAAUUCCUCCUCCGUCGCAGCAGCCGCCGCCUCCUCGAGCAGCUCACCAACAGUGCGACGCAGCUCGCCGGUUAGCAGUAGAAGCAGAACAGGGACGUCGCCGAACAAGAAGACGGCGUCCAAGUGAAUGUAACUCUAGUUUUAGCGAAAAGUGAAAUUAAAUCCUAAUUUAAUCGAAAAUUAGUUCAAAAGACGAAGGCGUAGCAGUAGUAGUAGGACUAUGACUAUGACUAGGAUAAGAGUAAAAGAAGGAAAUCUAGUGCUAAUUAGAACCCAAUUUUCUGUUUAUCGUUUAUAAAUUGUGCUUCGAGCUGAGAAUACAUAUACUAAUAUAAUGCUAAGUAAAUCCAAUUUAAAAACUAAAUUAAUUAUUUAUAUUAUCAGCAUAAAGAAAUAAAUGAAAAUAUAUUCGUAUCUAGUGCUUAGUUAGUCACAAUUUAACAUAAACCUAAACUAAUUAUCAUUAUAAAAAAAAAGAAGAGAUAAUGCGAGAGCCAAGUCGUAUUAAAUUUUGUGAAUUAGUAGGAAAAGUGUGUGAAAAACUAUAAUAUAUUAUAUUGCGUAUAAUUUAUGUGUGUUUAUAUGCAGUGGCUCGCAGCUGAUUUCGGGAAGUGAGGAAACAAAGAUUUUUUAAAAGGGCCUAUUGGCUAAGCGAUUAAAGAUUACAAAAAAAAAAAAAAAAAAAAAAUUAAG